AUGGAAGCUAAUAGAAGACGAGUGGUCCAUCGCAGAAAGCCUCUCUCUGAUAUCACCAACAAUUCUCCCUUCGUUUCCCCCAAACCUCACAAAACUAACCCCUCUUUUUCUUCUCACUCCUCUGCACUCGGUAAACGUGCCGCUGAAUGCAGCAGCACCGUUGCCGCCACCACCAAUCUCGAUAAUGCCCCAAACCCUAUCUCUCCUUCACCACCCGUUCCCUCCACACCAUCGCUCAAAACGCCCUCUCUACCCGGCGAUUCAACCACUCCCUCUUCAAUUCAGAUUGUUGAUGCUGAAUCUUCUGAUGAUGUCGAAACUUCUGAGCCUGUUCAGGCUAUUUCAGUAGUGUACAGCCGAAGACGUUCUUCGAAUAAAAGACAGAAGGAUAAAGGGAAGGCAGUGGCUAUUCCCGUUAGUAGCACGCCCAAUUUCAAGAUAUCUGGCAGUCGCGAGCAGAAUGAUGAGUUUGAAGGUGUGAACCCAUCCAAGGCCAAUGCAUUGACUUUUCCUCGUGCAAAGAAACAGCGUACUUUGUCAUCUGAAAAAGAUGCGAGCAAGGAUCAGCAGCUGCAAGAAUAUAUAAAAAAACAGAAUGCUUACUUUAAAGAGAUUGAUGAAUUUGAUCUGGAGGUUGAAUCUGGAGAGGAGUUGGAUUAG